AUGAGACUAACGAAUAUAGUCAAAAUCCCAAGACUAUUGCCGUCAGUGGUGACUAAAAUCCACUUGAGACCCACAAAUAUCCAUAAAAUCAGAUCAUAUACCUCGGCCUCGAGUUUCCUGUUAGAAUCAGACUUCAAAGGUGAUGAUUUAAUAGCUCCAAGUUGGGACAUGGGUGGUCAAACUGCAAAUAACAGUAUGACUCCUUUAUACUCAUCCAUGAAGACUUUGAUAGAUAAGAAUCCCGACGCCGUGUGUCUCAUUCAAGUGGGAAGUUUCUAUGAACUUUACUUCGAUCAUGCACGUAUUUAUGGUCCUCAAUUAGGUUUGAAGGUUGCCGAACGUAAAACCAGUAAUUAUAAUAUCCCAAUGGCCGGGUUCCCUGUUCAUCAAUUACAGAAGUUCGUGAAGUUAUUGGUCCAAGAUAUUAGUGUAAAUGUUGCCAUCAUCGAUCAAUACCCAGGGUUCCAAUCUGAUAACGAAAAGAUCAUUCAUCGUAAGAUCUCUAGAAUCAUCACCCCAGGAACUUUAGUAGACGAGACUUUUAUGAACUAUAACGAGAAUAACUAUCUUUUGGCGAUAUCAUUUCCUCCACAGAUACAAAAACAACCUGUAGAUAUAGAUACGGUGGUGGGACUUUCUUGGAUUGAUGUUUCGGUGGGGGAUUUCUACGUUCAACAAACAACUUUGGGUAAUUUGAUAUCUGAUGUAUCUCGUAUUGGUCCUAGUGAAAUCAUCAUGUCCAAAGAUGUGGAGUUGGAUGAAUUAGUAUCGUGGUAUCAACCAUUAAUGGAUUUGAAGAGAUAUUUCUUGAGAUACCAUAAAACCGUGUACCUGGAUUUGAAAUUAUCAUUUGGGGUUAACGAAACCCAGGUCAGACAAGUAGUUGAGACAUUUGAAGUCAGAGAAGAAGCCGCUAUGAACAUGGUAUUAAGUUAUGUCAAUGUGAAUCUCCCUGAGCGUAAUCCUUCAUUGGACUUACCUAUUAAAUAUUGGAAUGAAAGAUACUUGAGAAUGGACUCCAGAACAAGAGAUUCUUUAGAGUUAGUGGAGAGAAAUGGAUAUAGUGGUAAGAAUCUCUCUGUGGGGUCAUUAAUGAAUACGAUCAAAAGGACGGUAACACCUUCAGGAACCCGGAUGUUAACUGAAUGGAUCAAGUCUCCUAUCUUGAAUGUGAAAGAGAUCAAAAAUCGUCAAGAUUUUGUCAAAUUCUUUAACAAUGAACCUCACCAAGGGUUGGUGAUUGAAGAGAUGUUGAAGAAACUUGGAGAUUUCGUGAGGUCAGGUCAAAGAUUGGCUCUUGGAACCGGUGAUAUCGUCACCAAUUUGAAAACUUUGGCUGAUGGAAUAAGAAUAACCCAUGAAUUGCGUAAUUAUUUAUCCAGCAACAAUGUAGGGAACACUCUCAUCGAGGAACUUAUUCAGGAACUCGAUGUGCCCAUUGAAUUGAGUGAUGUUAUCGAUGAUACCUUCUUGGAUCCUUUUCAUCAAUUGUCCGAUGAAUUGGAAGAGUUCAGAGAAUUCAAAAGCCAUUUUCUGGUAAAGCCUGAUCAUUCUCCUGAACUAGUGGAGCUACACACUCAGUUAUCAGCUUUAAGGGAAGAAGAAGGUAAGUUAUUCAAGAAGAUAAGGAAAAAGUUGGAGAAAGUCGAUGAGAAGUUGAAUAUCCAGAUCAAACCUCAACAUGGUAAGUUCAAUGACGUUAUCUAUGUGUCAGGUAAAGCUAAGCUGAUAGUAGAAGUCAACACAGCUUUUGAAAAAGACCUUAAGGAAAAACGUAAAGGUCUGGUACUCAUCAAGCCCAAGAAAUGGCAUGUCAUCCAACUGGACCUAAAUGGUAUAAUAGAAGGUAUUCAAAUCGCAGAAAAGAUGAUUAUAAAUGAUUUGAAAACCCAGGUGAUAUCCCAAUUGACAAGGAUAAGAAAAGUUAGUAGGAGAUGUGAUUUCUUGGACAUCACCCUACUGUUCCUGAAAUUGUCCAAAGAAUUCAAUUUAGUGUGUCCUGAGUUCUUAGAUGAACCUAAUUUGGUCAUUAAGGACGGAAGACACAUUGUGGUGGAGUCCAGUUUACGUAAUAUUGGUACGAAUUUCAUAGACAACGAUACCAACUUGACAACUGAAAGAUGUUGGAUAAUCACUGGUCCAAAUAUGGGAGGUAAAUCGACAUUUUUACGUCAAAAUGCUAUCAUCACCAUUUUGGCCCAAAUAGGGAGUUUUGUUCCAGCCUCGAAGUGUGAAAUAGGUGUCGUGGACAAGAUCUUUACCAGAAUUGGAGCCCUGGAUGACUUGUUCAAUGAUUUAUCAACAUUCAUGGUGGAAAUGAUUGAAGUAUCUAAUGUUUUGGCCAAUGCUACGCCCAAUAGUCUCGCCAUAGUUGAUGAAAUAGGUAGAGGUACCAGUGGUAAAGAAGGGUUAGCUGUAGCCUAUGCUUCCUUGAUAGGGUUAUCUGCUCGAUGUAGAACUUUAUUUGCAACUCAUUUCGGUAGAGAAUUACAAUCCUUGCUUCAAAAAACCACUAACGAGGUUCAUGAAAAAACCACCAACGAGCUCCAAAGAGAAACCACCAACGAGCUUCAACUGGAAAUUGAUUUAGCCAAAUCUAAGAUAGGUUACUACAAAACUGGGGUUGUAGGAGAUAGCAUCGAUAGUCACUCGGAUAUAAUUUUGGAUCAUAAGCUCUCCAAGGGGAUCAGUGAAAAAAGUUAUGCCAUAGAAAUAGCCAAAGUAUCUGGAUUCCCUGAAAAGAAUAUAAGACUAGCCAAACACGCUUUGGCUUUGAUAGAUAAAGGAAGUACAUAG